UCACAUAUCGGUCCGCUCGCUCAGUCAUCGCUGCCGCUGCUGCUGAGAGAAGUGAGGCAAAUAACGUGAACUUCAGUCGUUAUUUUGUGUUUCAAAACGUUAUGGGAUUAUGUCCAACCUUUUAUAUCAUCAUGGCCUAUAGAACAAAAAAAGAUGUUUUGAAGUCUUCGGAAACAUCUUGGACCGCCGCUGCAGAGAGCGUGGACCCGAGCUCACUGAUGUGAGGUGUAGAUCUUCUCUGAGUGUGCUCAGUCCACUCUUGAGCCUCAGGAUGAGUGGGUCCGGGGAGCAGACUGAUAUCUUGGCUGUCGGGAGCAUGGUCCGGGAGCGAUGGAGAGUGUUGAAGAAAAUUGGUGGGGGUGGUUUUGGUGAGAUCUAUGAAGUCCUGGACCAGGUGAGCCAAGUCAAUGUGGCUCUGAAAGUGGAGUCUGCCCAGCAACCCAAACAGGUCCUUAAGAUGGAAGUAGCAGUUUUGAAAAGACUUCAGGGUAAAGACCAUGUUUGUCGUUUUGUUGGCUGUGGACGCAAUGACCGCUUCAACUAUGUGGUUAUGGAGCUUCAGGGAAGGAACUUGGCAGACCUUCGACGCAACAUGAGCCGCGGCACCUUCAGCUUCUCCACCACACUCAGGCUGGGCCGACAAAUCUUAGAAGCCAUCGAAAGCAUCCACUCUGUGGGCUUCCUGCACAGAGACAUAAAACCCUCUAACUUCGCAAUGGGUCGACUUGCCAGUACGUGCCGAACCUGUUAUAUGCUUGAUUUUGGGUUAGCACGCCAAUUUACAAACUCAUGUCAAGAAGUCCGUCCGCCACGUCCAGUGGCAGGAUUCAGAGGAACCGUCCGUUAUGCUUCAGUUAAUGCUCACAAGAAUAGGGAAAUGGGUCGACAUGAUGACCUGUGGUCUUUAUUUUAUAUGCUUGUGGAGUUCAUGGUGGGUCAGCUACCCUGGAGAAAAAUCAAAGAUAAAGAACAGGUCGGAAAUAUGAAGGAGACGUACAACCAUCGCCUCAUGCUCAAACAACUCCCAGAUGAGUUUAGCGUUUUUCUCGACCAUAUCUCCAACCUGGACUACUUCACUAAACCCGAUUAUCAGCUCCUGAUGUCAGUCUUUGACAACAGCAUGAAGAGCUACAAUGUGGUGGAAAAUGAUCCGUAUGACUGGGAAAGGACAGAUUCAGAGGACACACUUAAUGUUGGAACCCUGGCAACCACAGCCCAGCAGUUGACCCGCCUCACACCGGCAUAUUUGGGCAUGGCCAAUGCCUCCGUGAUCCCGGGCGAUCUGCAGCGUGAGAACACAGAGGACGUCCUUCAGGGUGAGCGCCUCAGUGAGGCUGAUAAUUGCGCCCCCAUCCCAAUGCAGCCUGCACAGGGAGCAGAUGUCUGGGAGGAUAUGGAGCACAGCCGCGACCGAAACCUCAACCACGUUCAGCCUCUAAUCAGAAAGGUGGCUAGUGAAGAGGAGCGAAGCAAAGAGGGCAACCAGAGCCCCAACAGUGGCUCCAUCCAGGGCUCUCCUAGACGUGUGCGCUCAGAGACCUUGCUCAUCGACCGUGUUGCUCCUCUAUUGAGAAGGAUGCGCCAUAGUCAGAGCAUGGGGCUAGACAAAAGAUUGACCCCUGAACCCAAACCCACACUUGAACGCUUCCUUGAGGCCUAUUUAGGGAAGCAUCGUCCGGGUCUGCCCCAAGACAGGUCUGUCUGUCGGGUCGAGCAGGGCUCGUUGGAGGACGAGGAGUGUGCGGCCAGCAGCGGUUACGUUGCCGUCAACCUCAGCCCCGUCCCACAAGAGGGUGACUCACAGGAGUGGGUCCUAGUAGAGCUUGAGGGCGGUAGCGGUUCAGCAGGAUCUAAACCGGAUGAGGAGGAACGCUCAGGGAUCUCACCACGCUCCUCCAGCCCCCUCGCCCUCCCUCGCACCUGGUCUGACCCCUUGCCUCAGCGCGCUAGCAGUCUGACUGGUUCAGCAGAAUUCCACACAGGCAUCUGCCACACUGGUCCUCCAUUCGCCAGACUACCAGGCUUGCCUGGAGUGAUAGGCCUGUCUAGAUUAAGAAGACUGCCCACAGUACAGCCUGCGUCAGUGGUCCUAAGCAGGACUCAUCUUGAGCAGUCAUCCAAUGCAGUGCUACAGCAGAAGACAGGAGACGACUCUCAGCUUGGCAAUCCAUCAGGCCCUGCAGAAAAAGAGCACAACUACGUGCCAGCUAUUUCACCCUCUAAAAGCCCUACCAAGCCAGAUGAAAACAUUAUCUCUGUCAAGGCCUCUGACAAGGAUGUGGAGAGCGACUUGGGCUGUCCUGACGUUGGGCCUUCUUCAACCCCCAACCAGGGUGAGACCACUGGACACAGUGUUGAUGCAGCUCCGGCAUCACCUCGUGAACUCUCACCCCGAGCCAGUCGCAUCCCCAUCCGUGACCCGGACUCUCCAACCCGUAGGGGUUUUCCAGCUCCACUUUCUCCGUCUCUGUCACUGUCAUGUGAGCACUUCCCCUUAGCGCUGCUGCGCGACAAGUUCAUUUUCCCCACUGGUUCUCGAGGGUCCGACUGGCAGGUGGAGGAGCCACUCUCUCUGUCUUCCUCCUCAGGACCUGUGUCGAGCAAGAGUAAAAUACCAAGACCCAUGAGCCCCACUCUAGUGCCGGAUCAGCUGUCUGCACGAUUUAUUCCACGGCCGCCACCAGGAAAACCACCCCUUCGCACAGGUGGCGAGAACAGACGUAGACGCUACCGCAUUCGUGCUAGCAGCACCGGUGACACGGACCUCUUGGACAACCUCUCUCAGCUCAUGCAGGAGCGAGGAGGACUGGCCGUCAGCACCUCACGUUACCAACGCACCACCGCCUCCUCUCUGCAGCGCUCGUUAAGCUCCUCGCCUUCCCGUUUUGAGGGGGGUCACAGCCAGUCACCAAAUAGCUGCUCGGCCUCCCCGCCUCCUCGAAUCAGUGACGUAACAGUAAAUCGUGGGUCAGGGUUCUGCUCCAGAGUCAGAGCCGGAAGUCCUGAGAGCAAAACCACUACCAAAAUGAGCAAAUAAAGAGAAAAGCUUGUAACCGAUGGCGUGAGUUGUCAGUAAUUUGACAACUGGUUUCAAAAGUAGUUUUUGAUGAACUGUAGCGUUUUUGCAAGUGGUGUUUUGAUAAGUAGAGCGAUAAAGGACCAGGUAUUUGCCGGUUGGUUGUGAUUACUUGAAAGCAUCAUGUUUAGGACAUUUUUGAAAAACGUGAAAUAUUAACAUGCUAAAUGUUCCAGUGACGCUGUGUAACUUUCUUCUAAACAAAUUGCCCAUUGCAAUCAAAUGUUUUUAAUUUUUUUUAAUAUUCUAUAUAGUUUGUGCCAUAUAUUCUUUUUCUUCUUGCUAUGUAAAUUAUCUGCUUACUUUUUCAUGUUUUUUGCACUUUCUGGUUUACAUACCUUACAUAUGUCAGAUUUUGAACAUUAACUAUCAGUGAGAACAUUUGAAAUCUGAAAACAAUGUGGCUGCACUUAGUAAAUCAUUGUAUUCUGUCAAACAGAUGUAUGUUUUUUAGACACUCCAGAUACUCUAGCCUUACAUUUUCUAUAAUUUUUCUGUUUUUCAAUCAUUGGUCAAAGCGUUUAUGGUUAAAUGCUCAUUCAACAGAUAGCUAUCUAUACAGUGUAUUAUCAGUCAUGUAUAGGUACAUCUGGUACAAGCAAGCAUGUGUAUAUAUGUAUUUCAGGGAAUGUAUGUACUGUAAACUGUAUCAUCUAUAGAAUGUAUUUAUUUAUUUAUUGGAUGUGGUUACGUACCUGAUGAUGUAGCUUUAUUACUUGCUACUGAGUGAAUUCGCCAUCACAUUAAGGGUCAGCAACCUUGCAAUUGCCAAGUAUAAUCUCUUCCAUGCCUGCAAUAUCAUACUAACAAUCCCUGUAAAUAGUCAUAACGUCAGUAAGAAACGUACCGAUAUAUUGCAGUGAAACACUAUGGACCCUUAAAUGAACUUGAUUCAAACACUAUAGUCCCAUUACCAUAUUACUUGAAUACAUCAGCAAGAUGUCUGCUUGAUGAGUUGGCUGCUUAUGCUAAGACACUUCUGCGGUUUUUGGGAUUGAAUUCUCCACCAUGGCAUUUAUUGACAGUUGUCUGAGGAGUGCGAGACCCGUGUGAUGUACAAAGAAAGGGAUUGUAGCUACCGAGUCAUUACCACGACUUCAUUGUGUGCUGUGCAGCUAGAAUAGUUGUUUUGUUCUGGAUCCUCUAUUUUGUCCUCUGGAAGUACUUUUACUUUAAAAGCAUCAGUAUAGGCCCACAACUGUUGGUACAGCGGAUGGUUUAUCUUAAGAACUGUACAUAACCUGAACUGUAUAUAGAUAUAAAUAUAUUAAGAAAAAGAAAUUCCACCUCAUGCUUCAUGUACUGUAUUUUGCUAACAAACAAUUCAAUAAUUCAAAAAACAAAGUUACCAUGUUGGAAUGUAUAUGUAUUCACAUCAAUGGAAUAAAUAAGUACUCUUAA